UUCCAUCAACCAGUAUUCAACAUCAUGACCGUCCCAAGUGCCGACUGCGGUGAGACCGUCGUGCUUGAGGACGGCGGCGUCAACGAGGGUGCUGCAUUCGAAGCCACCAACUACGAAGAUGAAGAUGAUGAGGAUGUAGAGCUUGAAGGCGGAGACAUGGAGGUUGAGUUGGGUUUUCUUGGUGAGAAGGAAGUGCACUUGCAUGGGCCAUACGGCGACUGGGAUGGCGGCAAAGUCGGCGGAAGUCCCGUAUGGCUGCAUCCCAACACCCACGUGGACGUCAAGUGCAAUGGUUGUGACAAGAGCAUGAGUUUCCUGCUGCAAAUCUACUGUCCGCUGGACCACCCCGACCAAGCGUUCCAUCGCUCGCUGUACUUGUUUUGCUGCCGCACCAGCGACUGUGCUCGCCUUGGCCAUGCACGCGUGUUUCGCUGCCAACUGCCCCAGGACAACCUGUUUUACGCCAACCAUGAAGACGUCAACUACCGACCGCUUGACCAUGUAGACCGGUCGCUAAAGCGAUGCGCUUUGUGCGGCCUCAAGGCCAUGUUUUCGUGCAGUGCAUGUCAUGUGGCUCACUAUUGUUCCAAGGAGCACCAAAAGGACCAUUGGAAACAUGGCCACAAGCAGGACUGCCCCCAAUGCCUGGCGUUGCAAGAGCUUUUCGAAGACGUUGAACACGCCACGACACUCGAGGAUAACGGGUCCAAGUACCUCUUUCCUGAAUACGCGAUUCACAUCGACCCCGAGCCAGCCUCCUCCGUCGCUCAGAACACAACGGAAGCCAAGAUGAUGGAGGCUUUUGAACGAGGUAUGGCGAGUACAAAUCAGGACUUGGCUCAACUGCAGUGUGUCAUGCAGCCCAAUCUUCCCGACGGGUCGCCUCGGACCAAAACGAGGACGUGUUUACGGACGACUCGGCGAUUGAUAUUUCGCAAAAGGAUCUGUCGGCACUGUUGGGGUCGUCUCCGGCAGUCGACAAGACGUACCUGGCCUUUUUGACGCGCGUGGCGCUCGCCAAGGACCAAGUUCUUCGAUACUGCCGAUGGAACGAACAAGAUGCUGUUCUGUGGGUUCACUCGAACGACCGACCGGCCGAAAUUCCGGCGUGUUCGUCCUGUGGCGCACCCCGUUUGUUUGAAUUCCAGGUCAUGCCGCAACUACUCUAUCACUUGAAGCUGGCUGGCGAUGACUCGAUCGAGUCCCUCGCGGCUACGACGAACGCCAAGCGCGAGCUCGAUUGGGGAACGCUCGUCGUGUACACGUGUCCCAAUAGCUGCAGCCAGGGCCGCCACGACACUGUCGACCUCGUCGAAGAGUUCGUGUGGCGCCAGUCGCCUCUCGACCACCGUGACGAAAGGUCCAACUAAGCCCCAAUUUGAUACCCCCAGUCUCGACGAUAAUGGACUGUUCACUGUCUCGACAAAAACCCCCCUCAAAGUUCUUCCCCACCGCCGGUGGGAGCGGUUGAACCGCCGCGGGGGUUUCCCG